UGUAAAAGAAGGUGCGUCAUUUGUGUGUGUAUGUGUCUUCAUCGCCGUAGUUGUCAAAAAGACUUUCGUUUAAAAAACCUCAGUCCGUAUAAACAAUUAACUAUUAUCCAAAAUGUUAGGACAUCCUCCCGCAUGUGUAAUUGAUGUAGGAACAGGGUACACAAAAUUAGGAUUCGCUGGAAAUCGUGAUCCACAGUUGACCAUUCCAUCGGCGAUAGCCAUCAAGGAAACAGCAAAAGUCGGCGAUAACUCGGCCAGACGUGUGACAAAGGGCGUGGAAGAUCUUGAUUUUUAUAUCGGAUAUGAGGCAUUCAGUUCACCUGGUUAUUCUAUUAAAUAUCCCGUUAGACAUGGACUCGUUGAAGACUGGGAUUUAAUGGAGAGAUUCCUCCAGCAAUGCAUUUUCAAGUAUCUAAAAGCAGAGCCUGAGGAUCAUCAUUUCCUCCUGACAGAGCCUCCCCUGAACACACCAGAGAAUCGUGAAUAUCUCGCUGAAAUAAUGUUCGAAUCUUUCAACGUUCCUGGACUGUACAUCGCGGUUCAAGCUGUCCUGGCACUGGCUGCUUCCUGGACAGCUAAAUCUGUAGACAACAGGGUGCUAACUGGUGUUGUCGUGGACAGUGGUGAUGGCGUUACUCAUGUCAUUCCAGUGGCUGAUGGUUUCGUCAUAGGAAGUUGUAUCAAGCACAUUCCAAUAGCCGGAAGAGACAUCACUUACUUCAUACAGAGUCUCUUGAGAGAACGAGAAGUUGGCAUUCCUCCGGAACAGUCUCUCGAGACUGCCAAAGCAAUUAAGGAGAAACAUUGCUACAUAUGUCCUGAUAUUGCCAAAGAAUUUUCCAAGUACGAUAGUGAUCCAACCAAGAUAAAACAGUAUACGGGGAUUAAUAAUAUCACACAGCAAUCUUUCAAUGUUGAUGUGGGAUAUGAACGAUUUCUAGGUCCUGAAAUUUUCUUCCAUCCUGAGUUUGCAAACCCCGAUUUCACGACUCCUUUGGGAGAAAUUGUGGAUGAUGUAAUUCAAAGUUGUCCCAUCGAUGUGAGAAGACCAUUGUACAAAAAUAUUGUAUUGUCCGGUGGUUCAACGAUGUUCAAAGACUUUGGUAGGAGAUUGCAGAGAGAUGUAAAGAAAACGGUUGAUACGCGAUUAAAAUUGAGUGAAAAACUCAGUGGUGGUCAUAUUACGCCAACAGCAAUCGAUGUACGUGUAAUCUCUCAUCACAAGCAACGCUGUGCAGUUUGGUUUGGUGGUGCUCUGUUAGCCAGUGAGCCUGAAUUUUAUCAAGUGUGCCAUACGAAAAAGGAUUAUCAAGAGUACGGGCCGGGUAUCUGCCGUUUCAAUCCAGCAUUUCGCAGUCUCCUAUAAACACUCAAGUAUUCGAAUCAGAAAAAAAAAACACUCGUACGAACAAGUGAACAUUUUAGCUAAUCAAUUUUUAUGAAUCCAUCACUUUUUUUACGCAUAUUUUCUAUGAGUUUUUUGUGCAAUCCACUCCUCACCAAAAAUAGAUAUGUUAACAGGUAUGGUAUAGCAUUUAAUUAAUGCGAGACAAUUGAAAAAACCUUAACGCACAUCACACUGAGAACUUCUCGUAAUCAUUGAUUCAAUUAUCAGGAAGAAGUUAACAUUAAUGAAUUGUGAUUGUGGACGAUUUUAAAUUACACAAUGAUUGCGUAUGGUUGUAAAUAGGAAUCAUGGGUUCUUUUUCUUUAUUGUAAUUUUGUGUUCCAAUGUUAUGUCGCUGAAUUCGUUCGAUUUACUGGUGUUGAGUCCUAUCUAAGGAGAAUAACAUGUAAUGUCAAUAAAGUUUUUAAUAAUUUACCGAA